AGUGUCAGAAGUUUGCGCGUGACGUCAUCCGUCUUUGUCCGGCCGCGGCGCGAGCUAAACGCCGUGGAAACAAACACCCGAGCGACGCACGAUGUGAUUUCGGCGACGUCCCAGACAGCGAUUCCGAACGGACCCGUCAGCGUACGAGAAGAUGUGCGAUCUGAGCUCGGCGCUCACCGGAGAGGGCUGGUACCUUACAGAUGAAGGAAUAGAGGAGUGUAAAAGUUCAUCAGAGAAGGAGAAGACCUCACCGACUGACAUCAUCCAAGUAGCACUAAACAGUGAUCUGAGACCCAUAGGAAAGAGCUUUCUGCCGGCGGACAUCAACAGCGGACGGAUAGAAAAGUUGGAGGGUCCGUGUGUCCUCCAGGUGCAGAAGAUUCGCAAUGUGGCUGCCCCUAAAGAUCACGAGGAGUCCCAGACGGCGCCCAGGAUGCUGCGCGUGCAGAUGACCGACGGCCACACGGCCUGCACCGGCCUCGAGUUCAAGCAUCUGUCCAAAAUCAGUCUGAACACUCCUCCUGGAACCAAAGUGAAGCUCCUGGGGGCCGUUCAGGUUAAAAAUGGCCUCCUGCUAUUGGACGAUUCCAAGAUCGCGGUUCUCGGAGGCGAAGUGGAUCACAUGAUCGAGAAGUGGGAGUUGCAGAGGAGCCUGGCCAAACACAGCCGGAGAAACAUUGCCGCAGAAGGCGGACCUCCUCCGUUCGUUCCCUUCGGACAGAAAUGCGCUCAUAAGGAGCAGGUGGACAGCAGAGCGCUGGAUCAGAGGAAGACCCUGCAGAGCGCCAACGCCGUCAAGUCUGCUGACGACAACGACGAGUUCGAGAAACAAAGAACCGCUGCCAUCGCCGAGGUCGCCAAGAGCAAAGAGGCGCGCACGUUCGGCGGCGGAGGCAACGCCGGCGGAAACCUCGCCAACCCGGGAUCCACCUACAAGAGCCGGGACGCCCAUCAAAGACGACGAGAGGAGAGGGAGAAGCCGUGGACGGAGAACAAGUCAGAAGGAGUUUACAGAGAUCUGGUGGAUGAGCGCGCUUUGAGGGACAUCAUGGAGAUGGGCUUUAACCGAGAGGCAGCCAGACAGGCCCUCCUGGAUAACAACAAUAACCUGGAGGUGGCCCUCAACCUGCUGCUCACCGGAUCAAACCAGCCCAGAGUGGCCCAGACGGAGCAGAGCCGCCCACCGCCUCGAGGAAAGGGUCGUGGACGGGGACGCUCCAGACAAGAUGAGGAUGAGGAGGCAGGAGGAAGGCCAUCUGGGCCCAGCACACUGUUUGACUUCCUGGAGUCAAAAAUGGGGACGUUGUCUGUUGACGAGGCAAAGAACCAGCCUUCACUACAAGACCACCAGUUUAAGAUGACUUUCCCCAGCACCGAGCAAACGUCCAGAGAUGCCACCCAGUCCAAACACCCCCCUCGAAACGAGGGCCGCUCGCAGAGAAACGACAGACCUCCACGCUUCCAGAAGGACGGAGACUUUCCUAAACCCAGCGCAGCCGCCUCCAGCAUCUCCCAACCACAGAAAUGGAGGGACGGGGAGCGAACGGGGAGAGGAGGAUCAGAGCGGUGGAAGAACGACGCUCAAGAUGCUAAAAAUACAUACAGCUUGAUGGGGAAGUCCAGGGAACAGCAGGGUCCCGUCGGGUUAAAAGAGUAUAGCGGGUCGAAAAGCUUCCCGCAGGAGCCGUAUAACGGCGGAUUGAAAGAACAGGACGGGACGGGACCUGCUUCGUUUAGGAAAAACCAAUCAAACGGUCCCGCGGCACCCAAAUACCCGAAUCCUGCUGCGUCGGUCACGGAUCCCAAAUCUAGAAACGAACCCAACAACAGGAGGAAAGGCAAGCCAGACAGACCCAAUUCGGGCUACUUCGAGCGCCCCCAAGAUGUGACGAAAAAAGACUUUUCGCAAGACCCCGGAUCGGGUCAGGUGAUCAAAAUGGGCGGGGUUUCGAACACGCAGCUCCCCAACGGCGAUUUAGAACACAGGCGGAGCGGUCCAAUCAAGCUGCAUUCUUCAGCCCCGCCUCCAAAACAAACCAACGCGCAUAACUCCGCCCCCAAGAAGCGAUCCGGACCAAUCAAAGGCCCGAGAGAGCCGGCGGACGCAAAUAAUCACGUCAACUGGAGGGCCGGGGACCAGUGUCUAGCGCUCUACUGGGAAGACAAUAAAUUUUACCGGGCGAGAAUCGACGCCAUCCACCCGUCUGGAUCCACGGCUGUGGUCGUGUUCAGCGAUUACGGCAACUGCGAAGAAGUUCUGCUUCACAAUAUCAAACCUCUGCACAUGGACGUGUGGGAUGACGAAGAUAUUUACUAUGAGAAUUCACUUGAAUUUCGACGAGGAGGAGACGGACAGCCUCGCCGCUCUCGACCGACGCAACAAUACUACCAGCCGCCGCGUGCAAGAGACUGACACACACACACACACACACACACACACACACACGCACGCACACAAAGCAGCACUCACAACCUUUCACUUGCAAGGAAACUCAUCUGAUUCGCUCAUUACUCCUGGAAAAAAAAACAAAAAAAAACAAUUAGUGCUCUUUUGGUAAACCUACAUGCUUAGGUCAGGACUAGAUCGGGUUUACGGCCGUUACUCUUCUAGCAUCGUGUCGUUUCUAUAGAACAGUAUAAAUGCAACAUGAUGUUCUCUGCCCAUGCAGGUAAUUAUCGUCUCGUUAUCCGUAAGUAAAUGACUCUAAUUGGGGAAAAUGACGUGCAGUUUGUUGUACCUUUUCCGAAGCGUCAUUAACGGCUAAACGCAUAAGAAAUGCUAAUCGGUCGAAUAUCAGAAUAUUUCAUUCCAAAAUAAAAGAAUAGGAAAUCAUAUUUGCAAUGUGACAUUAUUAGAGUUUUCUUUAAUUAGGGCUUCAUUAAUAAUUAGGAAUGGGAAUCGUUAAUAAUUUAUUGCUGUUAUUAAAAACUUUUUUUUUUUUUUUUAUAGCAGUAUUUUUUUAUUGUAUUACUGUAUCUCUCUAGCGGAAUACUAGAGUAAAAGAAAAAUAUUACAGUAGCUUCAGUCGCGCAGAACUCAAAAUUUCAGUAAUGAGAAAAAUAUGCAAAUGAAAAUGUCACGAUGCAAAAAAAAAAAAAUCUGAACGAUCCUUAAAUGGGCUUCAUUUUCUUUAUGCAAGGUUUCUUGUUUUUGAUUUUGGGGUGAAAUGUGACCUGGGCACGAGAAGUAAUCAGAGUCACUAAAAAACGAUGCCGUCACGUGACGAUGCUUCGGUUACACGCCUGACUGAAUCCGUACGCUCGGUUAAGACUGCAGCGACAAUGCAACAAAACCGUAUCCGCGUUUGAUCUCGAAGACGGUUUUUAAAACUCAAAGACUGAUGAUUUGAUCUCUAGCUGAGGAGAUGAAAGAACAUAUCUCAACUCUAUCUGAUCCCUGCCUCGGCACGGGAGACGGAUCCGUAAGGGCUUGCAGCACAUGUUGCGUCGAUGAAUUCUGGACUCUGUGAAACUUGCCAUGCAAAACGGCUGCUGUACACGGUGACUAUUUGUAAAGGACUUGAUAUUAAUGAUUAUAAAAGCGCUAUGCUCUUUUGUUCAA